AUGCCUAAUCUCGACCCGGCCGACUACCAUGUCGCGUGGAUCGCACCACUCUGGAUCGAGCAUGUUGCGGCGAUAAACAUGCUCGAUGAUCAGCACGAUGGCUCAUUUCCUCACAAAGAGGGUCGCAGGUAUCAGGUAACGGCCGGCCAAAUUGGCCAGAGCAACGUUAUCAUCGCAACCUUGGCCGGAGAAUAUGGCAACGUGACGGCUGCCGAUCUAGCCAGCGAAAUCCGCAUUCGCUUCCCCAGGCUCCAGCUCUGCCUGUUGGUCGGUAUUGCUGCGGGCCUUCCUCUGUUGCCAGACCGAGAUAUUCGUCUCGGCGAUGUUCUGGUUGCCGUGCCAUCUCAGAGUGAUGCUGGAGUAGUAACCUACAACCUUGGCAAGACGACACCUGACGGCUUUGUUGAACUGCGAACACUUGCCCAGGCCGCUGGACUCGUUCGAUCGACGAUUACCAUGGUCCGAGGCGAGUGGGAGGGAUUAAGGAGGAGACCGGACUUGGCACAGAAGACGAGAUUCCUAUCUCAUUAUAACGAGAUCAAGAACUGGGUGCACGGAGUGGAGGUGAAGGGAUACCCCAGAGAUUUCUCAUACCCAGGUCAAGAACAUGAUCGAGGUCCCGAGGUGCCCAUGGCACUCCCAGAGCUUGCAGGUUCUAUACCCGCGGCUGGUACAGAAGACAAGGUGGUCGUCAUAGGCAGCAAGGGGGAAAACAGGGAUGCCUCUGAGCAGCACCCGGCUCGGGAUGAACGCACCUGCGUUUGGUACGGAUCAAUUGGAACGGGAGGCGAAUUGGUCAAAGACGCUUCGAGGAGCGCCGAACUUCGAGCCAGGUACGACAUCAUUGGUCUGGAAAUGGAGGCUUAUGGAGCGAUGACUGGACUCAGCACUGGAGUUAUUCGAGGAGUAUGCGACUAUGGCAAUGAGAAGAAAAACAAACUAUGGCAGCCCUACGCCGCGGCAAGAGCUGCUGCGUAUGCAAAAACGGUCAUCAUCAGGGCGGGGCAUCUCAACCCGGAUAACGAAAAGGGCACCUUGGGUGAUGGUCAGUCCAUCAGGCUCUCCUUAACCACUGAACGGGAACUUCCCCUGAUCCACGAUUCUUGUCAACAGGACGUCGAAUCUGCUCUGUCGGAAUGCAUAAAUCAGCUAGGUCUACAACGGAAUGACAUAUUUUAUGCUUCUGAGCCCCCGGAGUCAGCAGACAAGCUAUGCGACGGAUCAAACAUCGAAGAGUCUUUGGAAUGGUUCACCAAGAGUCCGGAAUUUCAAAUGUGGAGGGAGAAAAAACAUUGCGCACAGCUUUGGCUCCACAGUCUUCCAGGUGACGGGAAAACUGUCGUCAUGUCUUACGUCCGGAAAUGUCUUCCAAGAUAUUACGGGUAUACCGAGAAACCGAAAGUUGCGUCCAUCUUCUGCUCUUCAGACCAUACCGAGGAUUGCUUGUUGGCUUCCCUUGCUUCUCAAUUCAUCAGGAACGACCUUCGGGCGCACACUGAGAAAUGCAAAAUCAGAUCCCGGUCGGGUUCGCAGAGUGAUAUGGAGUUGACGGUCUAUCUGUGGGAAGUACUAGAACUAUUGAUCACAGGAGUAUCUGCCUUCCAAACGGUCCUUCUCAUUGACGGAAUCGAUGCUCUCAAAUCUGGCACCAGGUCUUCUUUUCUUAUUAAUCUCCAGGCGCUAGAGAAGAAAGUUCAGUCAAACACAACAAUACGGGUUUUGAUCUCAUCAAGGCCGUUUUCAGACAUAAGAGAUGCACUUGCGCAUUACCCCGAAAUCGAGCGUGGAAAGGAGAGGAACGAGUUUCUCCACACCCUCUUCUUCAAGGAGUGGAACGCACGAGAAACUCGCAUUGAAACAGUAGAGGGAGGGAGUUGGCUUGCGUCAAAUCACGAAUAUCUUGAAUGGAACAGGAAUGAGCGCUCCAACGUUCUUUGGAUAGAAGGCAAGCCGGGAAGUGGGAAGUCUACGUUAUCGAAGAUCAUUGUUCGCCAACUGAAAAAGGAACAAAUGGACACUGCUCAGCGGGACCCUCCGGAAGACCAGGGCUUUAGCAGUCCAACAGAUUGGAGUACCAUCAUUGCCGAAUUCUACUACAGCUUCCGUGGAGGCAUCACCGAGACCAGCCAUGAACUCAUGCUCCGGUCAAUCGUCUAUCAGAUCUGGAAACAGAACAGCAGACUCUUCCCACUCCUUCAAGCCCGGUAUCGACAUCGCCUGAAAGAGAUGGGUGACAAUGAGACACAGGGAAACACAUUUUGGAGCUACGACGAUCUCAAAGCAGCCUUGCCGUCUUUACACCAGAUUGACUUCUCACUAAAAGUUGUCAUAGUGAUUGACGGUAUGGACGAAUCUGACAAUACUAGGCGAGAUGACGUGCUGAAAUUUCUGACUGCUCUCUCGACUCAAACAAGCCAUUGCAGCAUCAAGCUAUUGAUAGCAAGCAGGCCCGAGGCCAAUAUCAGAUCAUAUGUAGCACAGGUUCGCCGAAUUGUGCUUCAGAAGGAGAACACGGAGGAUAUACGUAAGGUGGCUGAUGCCGGAAUCGAGAAGCUCAAAGGCCUCAGCAAAGGGUCAUCAGUGUUGCCAUCAGAACAGGAUUACGACCAGGAAUUUUCCGCAAUCGAAGCUUACAUUGUGGGAAACUCACAUGGGGUUUUCCUGUGGGUCUCCCUGAUAUUGAGAGAGUUAGUGAGGCUUGUUAUUAAAGGGGGGUUCACCAUCACCUCUCUUAACAAGCGAGUCCGCUCGCUCCCCAAAGAUUUGGGUGGACCAAAUGGCUUCUACAGAGCAAUGGUGGAUUCAUUGCUCAAGCGUGACGAUGAAGAGGAAGAUGCAGCAAAAGAGGACCGAGACCGAGGACGAAGGAUAUUUUCCUGGGUGACCUUCCCAAAACGGCCUAUAUCGAUCUUUGAAUUAAGGGAUGCCCUCGCCAUCCCACCCCUAUCUGAGCAUGUGGAGCUAUCGAAAUUCGAUCUUAGGUUGAACAGACCUCAAAAAUUAGAGGACGGAAUCUUUUCAUAUUGCGGGGGGCUUGUAGAAGUGCGAGACACGUAUCCCGACAAGAUCGUGCAGCUUAUACAUCAGACCGUUAGAGAGUUCCUUCUGGACAGGAACCACUUAGCGAAGCCCUUUGAUAUCGACGCACUCAGGGGAGAUACAGAAAUUGCCGCAACGUGUUGCCGGUACAUACGUAUUGCUUUUAUAGCAGCAACUCCUCAGGCCGAAGCGGAUGAGCACUUUUCACUAGUCGACUUCCUAACGAGUUGUCUUUCGGAGCUUACUCUGCUGAAAUACUCGCUGACAAACUUCACGGCGCAUUUGGAUCAGCUGGGACAUGAAGGCGAAGAAAUACGAAAGGAAUUUGAGGUCUUCACCGCGGGCCUCGGAGCCAGCCCGACUUCAUAUGCCUCUCUCCUUCUUUCAAGAUGGGUCGAGUCGCUGACCUGGCCACGGAAGUUACGUACGGGUGUGAACGCAAGGGAUGCGAUGCGAUGCAUUCAGACAGCACUGACCCACGCUGCUGGUGCUGGAAAGAAUCGGACCGUGGAAAUUCUGCUCGCUCUCCGGGCAGAUAUAAACCGCCGUGACAGGAACGGUACAUAUCCUCUGGCAAAUGCGGCUGCGUCAGGUCAAUUGUCCACGGUGACACUGCUGCUCGGCAGCCGUGCCCGCGUCGGCGCAAGGGACAGCAAUGGCCAGACAGCUCUAUCACGGGCCGCCGAGAACGGGCACGAGGACAUCGUGCAGCUUCUCCUUGAGAGGGGCGCCGAACUCGAGGGAGCGGACCUUAAUGGCCAGACGGCUCUAUUACGGGCCGCCGGGAACGGGCACACGGCCCUCGUGGAUUUUCUAAUCAAGAAGGGUGCCGAAAUUCAGAGAACAGACAAGAGGGGCCAGACGGCGCUAUCACUGGCCUCUGCGAAUGGACACAAGAAGACCGUGGAACCGCUAAUCGGAAAUGGUGCUGAUCUUCAGGCAAAGAAUAAUAUUGGCCAGACGGCGCUAUCACAGGCCAUCGAGAACGGGCAUUUUUACAUCGGAAUCCUGCUAAUCAACAAAGGCGCCAAUGUUCAUACAAGAGACAUUGAUGGCCAGACGGCACUAACACAUGCUGUCAAGAGAGGAUCCACAAGCAUGGUGUUUGUGCUGCUCAAGAACGGCGCCGGCGCCGACAUCCAGGUGGAGGACCACAACGGCCAGACGCCGUUGUCACAGGCCCACUCGAGGGUGGCUUGGCUGCUAGAGAAACAUCUAGCAGCUGCAGGAUGA